UAUCACACACCUUCAAUUCUUCCAGCAACGCAACAUUGAGCAGACGAACAAUAAUUGGCCUGCUUCCAUCAGUCAUGGCCCCUACAGCCGUCCCACAAGGGCCUCUUCCGCCCGCAGCUUUUCUCUCGUCGCUCUCUUCAGCCGAACUUUAUACCCCUAGCGCAAAGCACAGAUCCGGUGACAGGGACCCCACAGUCGAUUACGCCCAUCCAUCGAAACGCCUUAACGUGCGAAGAAUUCCUGACAUGGGUGGCGCGACAUGCCAGCAGCAGCAAGAUUGCUCACUACUGCACGAUUGCCUACCGGUGCAGCGCGUUUCGUCCGCCGCUCCCUGCUCUACCGCCGGCGCAGUCUCCUCCGAAGGCGCGGGGCCAUCGCAGCAGAACGGCGACGCGGAGCAGCGCGCACCGCCCGUCGUGGCUACGGCUGCGGGUGCGCCAGACAUGGGCGCUCUCCGCGCUCAGCUGCAGCGCUCCCUCGCGCAAUCGCUGGGGAUCCGCGCGGCUGCGCUCGACCGCAUGCGUGCAAUCAACGAGCGCGUUGAGAGACUCCGCCGUAUCGAAACCGAGGCGGUCGCCGCUCGCGGAACCCUGAGGGACAUAGCAGGCGGCGGCUUGGUAGAGCCCUGCGCGGGGAUUUUCCGCGGGGACAGGAGCGCCGCAACCCCUGUGGCUGCGCCGCUUCGGAAGCUUCACUCAACGGCCUGCAACGGAGAGUCCCCGCGCGCCGUGAGGAGAUUAAGCGGCACCUGGUCCCGCCCGGCAGCCGUGGCGCGCGGGAAAUUGGGGCCGACUGAGUCGGAAGGGUCCGUGACCGGAAGCACGUGCGGGGAGGGCGAGUGGCAAUCGGCGCAGAGCAGGCGGAGACUGGAGCGCGGGCUCGUGUGCGCCGUCGGACGGGGCUGAUAGAGAGGGUACUGCGGCGAGAGACGAUAGCGCGGUGAAGCUGAAAGGGUGAAGAGACGAGUAAGGGUGAAGCUUGUAGGAGGCUCGAAGGUAGCGGACCCGAGUGAUCUGUAUAGAGACGACGGGUCCAACUAUUAGAUACAAAUUAAUGACUUCCAGAUCUUUCCGUUGCAUAGAGCUAACUCAACUCGACGGCAAGGCUGAUGGCAUGAAGUGGGCUGUUGGCAAUUAAAAUAUAUAUACAUAUAUAUACAUAUAUAUAUAUAUAUAUAUA